AUGCCGGCCCCGGCGGGAGUUGCAUCACAGGAACCGGGACUCUUGAGCUCGACCCGAUCGACGAUCGCACCGGACGCGCUCGACGCCGCAACAACGGCGACAACAGCAAGACCAAAGAACGCUGGAUAUGUCGUUCAUGCCGCCACAAACCGCUCCUCGUUCGGUCGUACGCCCUUGGCUGGGUUCGUCGCCAUCAUUCUCGUGUCGCUUGUCGCGCUGGUGACCGUGUUGUUCGCACACAUCGCCUCGCCUCCGCGAUACCCGCCGGGAUCGUUGCCUCCCGACGCAAAAGGGGGCGGAGCGGGCGCAUGUCGACAAAGCUGGAUGUCGCCGUCAUAUCUCCAUAUUUCUGGCACGUCACUUCCCCUCUUCCGGCUGUGGUCGUCGCGUGUUCCCGAAGCUCAUGCCCGCUUUUUCGUGCCUCGCUCGCCGUCGCCCUCGCCUGCUCCGAAUCCGGAUUCCACAGCCUUUGGGCGUGAAUACAGUCGGCUAGGCGCAGGACCCUGGGGUCUGUAUCUCUACCGGGAGGAAGGAUGGGACGACGAUCCGUUCGAGCCGCAUGUCGGCCAUGGGGCUGCAAGUACCGAUCCGACUCCAAGAGCUUUCGCCCUUACCGGAAUUCCGGUCAUCUUCGUCCCCGGCAACGCUGGAAGUUUUCGCCAGGUCAGAUCGCUCGCAAGUGCAGCAAGUCGAGCUUACUACGAGCUUCCCGGCGUGCGUCGCAAAGGAAUCGGUAGUAAGGAGGGGGGAAGACCCCUCGAUUUCUUCACGCUCGAUUUCAACGACGACUUUUCGGCUUUCCACGGCCAGACCUUGCUCGAUCAGGCCGAGUAUCUCGCCGAUUCGAUUCGCUAUAUUCUCUCGCUCUACCACCAAGAAUCAAACGCGAUACAAGGUCGACCUGACCCAACGUCGGUCAUCGUCAUAGGCCAUUCGAUGGGUGGAAUCGUCGCGCGUGCCGCUCUGCUGCAUCCGCACUAUCAGUCCGGCAGCAUCUCGACCCUUGUCACGAUCGCAACGCCCCAUGCUGUUCCACCAGUGACCGUGGACAGGGGUGUGGAUCGAGUUUACGACAAUAUCAAUUCGUACUGGCGACGUGCUCAUCAUCUCGAGGCGAUGUCGUCACCGCCUUCGCGCCGAGACUUACGCGGCGAGGCCGAGCUGUCCAAUCUCGUCCUUGUAUCUAUCUCAGGAGGCAUCUCGGACACAACCGUCGCGUCCGAGUCGGCGUCGCUGACAUCGAUCAUGCCUCUGAACGAUUCGCAUGGCUUCACCGUCUUUACGACUGCCAUCCCGGGUGUGCAGACGCCGAUCGAUCAUCUCGCGAUGCUUUGGUGCCGCCAAUUGGUGGAAACGGUGGCCACCGCCUUGCUGGCGAUUGUCGAUGUGCGCUCGCCUCUGGGCGUGCUUCCGCGAGAGGCUCGUGUUGGAAAGCUGGCAGAGCGCUUGCUUGGGGCCAUCGAAUCCCACCCGGUCAAACCUGAAGGGCGUAAGAGUACUCUCGAGUCGCUAGAGCGAGGCCAACAUGGUCGGGAGCUGGCGAUCGGCGAGCGCCUGUCACUGCGAGGCCACGGGGAUAAGCGCUCGACGUUCGUCCUUCCCAUUCCUCCGCGGCGAACGUACGGCUCGGCUCGUGUCUUCUCGCUCCUCACGUCGGCGAAUAUCGGGCGAUCACUCGACAGCUUGGUCGAAGUCUAUGCCUGCGGUAAGAACGAGUCGGCGCCCGAGUCGACGCGCAGCAGUUCCUGCACGUCCCUCUUCCCUUCUUUUGUCACCACUAUCCCCAUAUCGCCUCACUCUGCCCAAUCACCGAUAUUGCCCGCACCCGCUGAGGAUGGGACGAUGGCCUUCCUCAACGUCGAUGUCUCUCAGCUCGAAAGUCAAGAUCUGAUUGUCGUCGUCGUCAAGCCGGGUAACGCCUGGCUCCUCGCCGAAUUCGGGGACAAAGAUCGGCGUAUUCACACCGUCGACAAGUCCGCUUUCCGUGAGUCCUACCUAGCUGGAUCGGCCCUGCAUGAACCUUACUGAACACUGAAGGCUCGCCUACUCUUCUCAGAGCUGAUGCUUGGCGGCUUCAAAAUUGAGAACUUUCCGACCACGCCCUCGCUCAUCUCUGAGCUUUGGCUUCCCGCGCUGGACUCGUCUCUGCUCACAUUCAAGAUGAAGGUCUUCCGGAGCGAUUGCCAAGGUGAGCAUAGGGAAUAUUCGAUGCCAGCUUACUUUUAUCACCUUUCAGCAACUGAUCCUAUCCGAACCCUUGCAGACUCGUCCACCGUCCUCUUUGCGCCAUUGCUGCGGCAAUACUCGUCGCUGCUGCACGAGUCCAAAUAUUUUCCCAAUGUCCGCGAAGCUUCCUUAUACACGCAUGCCUCAGGACCGUACCUGCCUGCUCCAGCGUCACCGUUUGUCUCGUCGGGCGCGCGUUUGCAGCUCAUCGUCGAUCCGACCUGUGCCCGCGAGAACUCUCGCGCAUCCGCGGAUGUUGCGAUCGAGAUCAAGCUCGACCUGUGGGCGUCGCUGGGGAACUUGGCGAUGCGCUACCGGAUGGCGGUCGUCGCCUUCCCUUUUGCACUCAUCCUGUUGGUAUUCGCAUGCCAGCUCCGGGACUACAAUUCGGGACACUCCUUCCCGCCUUUUGCCACGGCCCUCGGCACGUUCGCGAGACAUCACCUCAUGCCGUUGCUCGGCGGCCUCGUAGCGCUUUCUUUCCUGCAGUCCGUAAUGUUGGGCACGCGCCUAUCGUUCGUUGAAGCAAAGCUCGCAAGUGCAGACGCCCACUUCCUCCCGUCGUUGCCGCCGAGGUGGAUCUCGGAGAUGCUGCUGGGCAAUCAGGGCCCCUUCUUCGCGUUUCUCGGCGCAUUCAUUCUCUUCACCAUGCUUUCGGUCGUUGUACUCGAGUAUGCUGCGCUCUACCUACUCGUCACUGUCCUGGCUCGACUCGUCCGCCUGAUCCGUCAGCGGGGUCCUUCCCAAAUGCGGUCCUUUGUUACGCUUGUGGAGCCUCGGGAAACGCUGCCGCUGCAGCGCAUCGUGACGAUGGGAGCGCUAGGCUUGUUGGUGCUCUUCUUUGCCCCCUACCAAUUCGCUUUCCUCGUCCUCUUCCUCGUGCACCUCCUCUCAACCGUCAGGGCGCUUCUGUUGGCGCAGGACGCCAGCGCGCCCUCUACGCCUGCAUCGACUCGCCGCCUAUGGGAUCGCUAUCACUACUCGUUUGUAUCCCUCUUAGUCAUGAUCGGUCUCUUGCCCAUCAAUGCCAUGAUUCUUGCGGUCUGGGUGCGCAACCUAGCCGUCGGAUGGCUUGCGCCAUUCUCUACUGACCACAACGUACUCAACAUCCUCGGCUUCCUCCUCAACGUCGAGGCACUGCAUUCGGGCAAAAUGCUGCAGCGCACGCCUGGUCCGUAAGUCGCUCUCGCGUCUUUCUGAUUCAUAAUUCACCUUUCUUAUCUUUUCGUUUCCCUUACUGACUCGCCAACUACCUUGGCUUGCAGAACGGCCUCGACUGUUUCGAUCGCGCUACCCCUGAUCGCAGCAGGAUUUGCGCUGCUGUACGGCAUUCGCUGGACAUACAACAUCUACCCUCUCGCCAACGCAUUCUUCCUCUGGCUCUCUAGCAACCAUUCGCACCAUCUGGUGGGGGCUCUGAACGAGGCCGUCAAGGCAAAACGGCGGCUCAGCAUCUCCACUGCUGGUCAGCACGUUCAGUCGAGCUCGGUGAAACAGCUGAGCUCCAGCGCACUGUCGCCGUCCCCCGCGCCGCGCACUCCGACGAAGCGUCAGUUUCUGUGA